AUGAAAGCUUUCAUUGCUCUCUGCUGUCUUUUCGCCUGCGCAUACUCUCUACCAACAUUCGAUACAACAUUAGAUUCAGCAUGGGUAUUGUUCAAACGCACCUAUGAAAAACAAUAUGCAUCAAAUGCAGAAGAAACAACGCGUCGAUCGAUUUGGGAAGACCAUAUUGCUCUUAUCAGAAAACACAACCUUGAAGCUGAUCUUGGUCUACACACUUAUACAUUAGGCAUGAAUAAAUACGGUGAUAUGACCAACCAAGAAUUCGUUAAACAAAUGAAUGGUCUUGAUCUCGGUUUAAAUGUUAGCUUUUCUGGUACCUGUGACCAAUAUGUUGCUUCAGGCAACUUGAAACGACCAGCAUCUGUUGAUUGGCGAACAAAAGGCUACGUUACACCAAUCAAAGAUCAAGGUCAAUGCGGUUCAUGCUGGGCUUUUUCAACUACCGGUUCACUCGAAGGACAACACUUUGCCAAAACACAACAACUUGUUUCACUUUCCGAACAAAACUUAGUUGACUGCUCAACCUCAUAUGGUAACUUCGGAUGCCGUGGUGGUUUAAUGGACAAUGCCUUCAAAUACAUCAAAGAAAACAGUGGUAUUGAUACCGAAUCUACCUAUCCAUAUGAAGCUCGUGAUGAUACCUGUCGAUUCAACACCAAGAACAUUGGUGCCACCGACACUGGUUGCAAAGACAUCAAACAAUACAGCGAAGAUGAUUUACAAGAUGCCAUUGCCACAGUCGGCCCAAUUUCAGUCGCUAUCGAUGCUUCACACACAUCAUUCCAACUUUACAAAUCAGGUAUCUACAACGAACGGGCAUGCUCAUCACUCCAACUUGACCACGGUGUCUUAGCUGUUCGUUAUGACACUCAGAAGGGCCAAGAUUAUUAUAUUGUCAAAAACUCAUGGGGUACAUCAUGGGGUAACCAAGGUUACAUCUGGAUGACCCGUAACAAGAAGAACCAAUGUGGUAUUGCUACAUUGGCCAGUUACCCAACUGUCUAA